AUGGCCAUGUCUUGUUGUUUGGACUCAAAGGAAUUCGACCUUAUGGCGAAGUAUGGCUUAAGCCCUGGUACGUUGAAGGGUGAAUUGUUCAGUAUUUUGUUACUGCAAGGAAAUAAUGGGUUGAAAGUUUCUGAGUUGGCAGUGUCUUUCUCGAUUGCCCAAUUGAAUCUUGCAUCUCAAACCCAUGAGUUGGAACUAUUAAUAAGCUCGACGCUUUCGAGUGAUGUUACGUUAUUUGAAAGGAUAUCAUCUUCUGCAUAUCGGCUUCGUAUUAAUUCUGUGACAAAAGAAUCUGAGAAUUUUCAAUCGGACUCCGAAGACUUUGGAAGUGUUGAUGAUGACUCCAAGGACGGUGACGGAUGCAGCAAUGCUGGUGAUUCUGAUAAUGAUUCAGGGACUCUCGAUCCUAAUAAACUUGAGCAAAAGAACUGCCUUGAAAAUAGUAAUAACAUGUUGACAGUUUACAACGAAAUAGAUGAAAGCCAUCCGGGAGAAGCAUGGUUGUUGGGACUUAUGGAAAGUGAAUAUUCAGAUUUAAGCAUUGAAGAGAAGCUGGAAGCCUUGGUGGCUUUGCUUGAACUUCUUAGUGAUGGGGCCAGUAUCAGAAUGGAGNUAAAGAGAUCAACAGCAAAGCAGCCCAUACAACUUGGAAGCUACUCCAGACAAAUCCUUGGUAAUUCAGAAGUAAAUACAAUGUCAGUGAUUCACCCUGUUGAUUCUUUAGCAUCUCUGUCAAACGACUGUGGGAAGAAGAAGAUCUCCAGCAAAAGAAAGGAUGGAAAAGAGAGAGAAGUUGAGGGCGAAUUACAUCCUAUGCAAUCUAUCUUUUUGGGUUCUGAUCGUAGGUACAAUAGAUACUGGCUUUUCUUGGGCCCUUGUAAUGCGAAUGAUCCCGGUCACAAGAGGAUCUAUUUUGAAUCUUCUGAAGAUGGUCACUGGGAGGUGAUAGAUACUGAAGAGGCUAUGUGCACCUUGUUGUCAGCUCUGGAUCGUAGGGGUGCAAGAGAGGCUUUCCUUCUAGCAUCUCUGGAGAAAAGAGAAGCGUCUCUUUGCCGAGCGAUGUCCAGUAUGCUGAAUGACACUGGAAUUAGGCUGUUGACACAAUCUGAUCAAUCUGAACUGAAUAUGUCUAGAGAAGACAGUUCAUCAGCCGUGUCAGAUGUUGAUAACAACCUAUUUGUGGUUGAGAUACAAAAUAAUAUUCCAGUUUCCUCUGCUGCCGUAGUUCCUGAACCUGCAAAGAAAGGAGAACAGCAAAAAGAAAAAUGGGUUCGUCUCCAAGCAUUUGAUGCGUGGCUGUGGAAUUCUUUUUAUUCUGAGCUUAACGCUGUUAAACAUAGCAGAGGGUCAUAUCUUGAAUCACUUGCUAGAUGUCAGCGUUGUCAUGAUCUAUAUUGGAGAGAUGAGAAGCACUGUAAGAUUUGCCACACCACAUUUGAGCUUGAUUUUAAUUUAGAAGAAAUAUAUGCCAUUCAUAUUGCUACAUGUCAAGAGAGUACAGACACUGAUAAGUUUCCGAAGCAUAAAGUCCUAUCAUCACAGUUGCAAUCGCUCAAAGCUGCAGUUUAUGCAAUUGAGUCAAUUAUGCCUGAAGAUGCCUUGGUGGGUGCUUGGAGAAAGUACGCUCAUAAUCUGUGGGUAAAACGAUUAAGACGGACCUCAACUUUGGUGGAGUUUUUACGGGUUCUUGCUGAUUUUGUCAAUGCCAUCAAUGAGGACUGGUUAUAUGAAUGCAACAUUGCUCUGGGUAAUAAUUCUGUCUUGGAAGAAAUCAUUGCAAAUUUUCCAACCAUGCCACAGACGUCAUCUACUGUUGCACUCUGGUUGGUAAAAUUGGAUGCGUUGAUUGCUCCCCACUUGGAAAGGGUUGAAUCUCAAAAGAAACAGGAACUGGCUUCCAGAUUUAAAGGUGUGUUUAUUUUUACCAAUCUCAUUACAAUUCCUGGGGUGUUGUUAUCUGCAUCCUAUCAGUCUUUAAAUUCUCGAUGA